AACACCCCAUGCUUAGUUCCUUGUCCCAACACUGCACAUGACUUCAGUUUCUCACUCUCUUCCCCAUAUAUAAAUACCUCACCACCCCCUUCAACCCUUCCCCACCAAUCCCUCUCUCCCUCUCUCUCUCUCUCUCUCACACACACACACACACACACAGCUAGAGAGAGACCACAAGCACUUCUCUAAAAGUUAUAUCAAUGGCUCUCAAGAAGUCAAACAAAGUACUUCCUCAACCAGCAACCCUCAAGCAACUCCUCAGAAGACUCUCGAGCUUUGGGAAGAAUCCCGAAGGCCUUCCCAACGACGUACCGAGAGGUCAUUUCGUGGUCUACGUAGGAGAAAACAGAAGCAGAUACAUCAUUCCGAUUUCAUGGUUGGAUCAUCCAGAGUUUCAAAGUCUGCUUCAGAGAGCUGAAGACGAGUUUGGAUUUAACCAUGACAUGGGUCUCACUAUUCCUUGUGAAGAAGUAGUUUUUUGCUCUUUAAUUAACUUCCACAAUUAGAUUAUUAAUCAAUCAAAAAGUGUUCAUAGGCUUUGUUUUUUUUUUUUUUUUUUAACUAGAAAUAACAGAGAUGAAGUUACUUAGUAGCCCAUUUAAGAUUUUAUGGCUUACAUUUCUAUAUAUAAUUGUAAAGUUUGACAAUUAAUUCAAUUUAUAAAUUUUGUUGCA